CAAGCGCCUGAUACCCACGAUGAAAAUAAUACAAAAUAAAUACUAUAUCUUAUAAAUAAAUAAUAUAUCUUGAACCAUAACAAAUCCUACUCCCAGACGAUAAUAAGAAAUAUCUAACUUUCAAAUUAUUCAUUAAACAGACUAUGCUGGGUGAUACUGAUUGGCUGCAUGCACUUUGCAGGUGCAUUCGGCAAGGAGAUGCAAUUAAAGUACAAAACCUUCUUGAGGGACGUAGUGUUCCAGGGCAUUCUGGCAGUGAGCUUAAACUGGCCGAAAACCCACUGCAUCUGGCUGUGGUACAGGGGAACAGAGACAUUGUUGAGCUGCUGCUAUCAAGAGGAGCCAAUAUUGAGGCCACCAAUGUUUAUGGUGAAAGCCCGCUGCACAUUGCCGCCAGAUCAGGCGACACAGCCCUUGUGUCAAGUCUGCUGGCUGCAGGUAGCAAUAUUGACAGUUAUGACUGUGGUGAGGCCACCCCCCUCUUCCAUGCUGUAUAUAGCGACAAGCCAAGCACAACAGAACUACUCGUCAAAGCUGGAGCAAACCUCAACACCCUGAACGAGGAGCUGAUGACCCCGCUUGACCACGCAGUCCUGUACAAAUACAGUAGAAUCAUUUCACUGCUUCUACGAGGGGGAUGUAGUGUAGAAACCUCCAAUGGCUCCGAGUAUUUUCCCGGACAUUAUUCCAACUCUUUACUGUUCUCUCUAUGGACUAAUGGAGAUCUAGAUAAUGUUCAGGUGUUAAUUGAUGCUGGAUACAAAGUAAGAAGAUCUGAUUUGACCAAAUUAUUUGCUGUUGCAAAACAGUUGAAUUGGGACAGUGCGAUGUUAAAUUGUGUAGAUGAGAUGGUUUCACAGCCAUUGACAUUGAAGGGAAGUUGUAGAGUGGCGAUACGGAGACAUUUGAUGAGCCUCAGAGAUAUUAAACAGAAACAGCUUCUGCAUCUUGUGGAAGAUUUACCCUUGCCUUCAAUUCUUAAAGACUAUGUUAGCAUGUUCAAGUUUUAGCACUUGUGAGACAUUUGAUUUGUCACUCUCAUCCUCAUAAGCUAAAUUAUUCUCAGGAAUGCUGUUGUUUUUUAUUUGUAUUACCUGAAUAUUAGUUGUCACUAUAAAUUAGUUAUCACGUUGUGUAGCUGGUUGUUGGUGUGAUUUUAAACAUCUUAAAUAAAUUUUGCUGUUUUUGUUUUCA